GUAUUAAGUUAAUCAGAAGCCACUUGCUGUGUGGGACCGACUCGCCCUGCAGAUUAAUCAGUACCACCAAACCUUCUCCAACUCAAAGUCCAACCAAGGAAGCCGCUUUGCUCUUUCAGCCUGCCCCGGAGGGUUCUAGGAACAAUUUGUUCUUUGGAGUCGAUCUUUGAACCGGUUUAGGAGAAGAACAUCUUGAAACAAGAUGGAUGGAGACCUUCUAUACAGAGCAUGAGAGGUAACUGUGCUCCCUGUGUGAGGAUAUUGGUGUCCACCAUCUUGGAAUAUAAGGUGACGCCCUUCCAGUCCACUGGAGACUAAGGUUCCCAUUCUAUCUGAAGAUCUCUGACCCACCUCAAGGCAUUUUUGCUUCAUGAGAUAUGAGCACAACUGGAUCUCACUUUGGAACCUGGCCGAGUUGUUUUUGGGGAUACCCGUGAGGUGGUGAGGAUGUACCAACGCCGUGGAGUGGAGGAAACGUUGGAGAAGGAUCAGGGCAAGUGGGCUCUGCUGCGUAACGUUAAUCAGGCUCUGAAACCAAGCACUUUGCUGCCGGGUGAUUAUGUCUGGUUGGACCUCAAAACAGGGCGUGAGUUUGAUGUCCCGGUGGGAGCUGUGGUCAAACUUUGUGACUCUGGUCAGAUCCAAGUGCUGGACGAUGAAGGCAAUGAACAUUGGAUUUCGCCCCAAAAUGCGUCUCAUAUCAAACCGAUGCACCCGACAUCAAUCCAUGGGGUGGAAGACAUGAUCCGUCUGGGAGAUCUCAAUGAGGCGGGAAUCCUGCGUAACCUGCUCAUCCGAUACCGCGAGCAUCUGAUAUAUACUAACUGCGGCGGUAGGACAUAUACCGGUUCCAUUUUAGUUGCCGUGAACCCCUACCAGCUGCUGCCUAUCUACACCCCCGAUCAAAUCCGCCUGUACACCAACAGGAAGAUCGGGGAAAUGCCACCGCACAUCUUUGCCAUAGCGGAUAACUGCUACUUUAACAUGCAACGCAACAAUAAAGACCAGUGCUGCAUCAUUAGUGGCGAGUCAGGGGCUGGGAAGACAGAGAGCACCAAGCUCAUCCUGCAGUUCCUGGCGGCCAUCAGUGGGCAGCACUCGUGGAUCGAGCAACAGGUCCUGGAGGCCAAUCCCAUACUGGAAGCUUUUGGGAACGCCAAGACCAUUCGCAACGACAACUCAAGCCGCUUUGGGAAAUACAUCGACAUUCAUUUUAACAAGAAAGGGGCUAUCGAAGGGGCGAAGAUUGAGCAGUAUCUCCUGGAGAAGUCUCGUGUCUGCCGACAGGCCCAAGAUGAGCGGAACUACCACAUAUUCUACUGUAUGCUGAAAGGAAUGUCUCCGGAACAGAAGAAGAAGCUCAGCCUGGGACAGGCCUCUGACUACAACUACCUCUGUAUGGGUAAAUGCACCACGUGUGAUGGGAGAGACGACAGUAAGGAAUACGCCAACAUUCGCUCCGCCAUGAAAGUCCUGAUGUUUACCGACACUGAGAACUGGGAGAUCUCCCGCCUCCUGGCUGCCAUAUUGCACAUGGGAAACCUGCGCUAUGAAGCUCGUAUGUAUGAUAACUUAGAUGCCUGUGAAGUGGUCUAUUCCACCUCAUUAACCACUGCUGCCACCUUACUAGAGGUCGGGCCUCAGGAACUGAUGAACUGCCUCACAAGUCGGACUAUAAUCACACGAGGGGAAACUGUUUCCACCCCUCUCAGUAUGGAGCAGGCUCUCGAUGUCAGGGAUGCAUUUGUUAAGGGCAUAUAUGGAAGGUUGUUCGUAUGGAUCGUGGACAAAAUCAACGCUGCUAUAUACAGACCCCUAUCCAAUGAGCCCAAAGCUGCACGAAGGUCUAUUGGGCUGCUGGAUAUAUUCGGGUUUGAGAAUUUCACUGUAAAUAGCUUUGAGCAGCUCUGCAUCAACUUUGCCAAUGAGAACCUGCAGCAGUUCUUUGUGCGCCACGUCUUCAAGCUGGAGCAGGAGGAGUACAACCUGGAGAACAUCAACUGGCAGCACAUUGAAUUCACCGACAACCAAGACGCGCUGGACAUGAUCGCUAUCAAGCCCAUGAACAUUAUCUCGCUCAUCGACGAGGAGAGCAAGUUUCCAAAGGGCACGGACACAACAAUGCUCAAUAAGCUGAAUGUGCAGCAUAAACUGAACACCUUUUACAUCCCCCCCAAAAAUAACUACGAGACCCAGUUUGGAAUCAAUCACUUUGCUGGGAUUGUCUACUAUGAAACCAAAGGAUUCCUGGAGAAAAAUCGGGAUACUCUUCAUGGGGAUAUAAUCCAGUUAGUCCAUUCGGCCAAAAACAAAUUCAUCAAGCAAAUCUUCCAAGCCGAUGUGGCCAUGGGAGCAGAGACCAGGAAACGCUCUCCCACCCUGAGCAGUCAGUUCAAGCGCUCCCUGGAACUGCUCAUGAGAACGCUCAGUGUGUGCCAGCCCUUCUUCGUCCGCUGUAUCAAGCCCAAUGAGUACAAGAAGCCCAUGUUAUUCGACCGCGAGCUGUGUGUGCGCCAGCUGAGGUACUCUGGCAUGAUGGAGACUAUCCGCAUUCGCAGGGCCGGGUAUCCCAUCCGAUAUACCUUUGUGGAGUUCGUGGACAGGUACCGGGUGUUAAUGCCAGGAGUAAAGCCAGCAUAUAAGCAGGGAGACCUCCGGGGGACGUGUGAGCGGAUAGCAGAGAGCGUACUGGGAAAGGAUGAUGACUGGCAGAUAGGGAAAACUAAGAUUUUCUUAAAGGAUCAUCAUGACAUGCUGCUGGAGAUUGAGAGAGACAAAGCCAUUACCGACAAGGUCAUCCUUAUCCAGAAGGUGGUGCGGGGAUUCAAAGACAGGUCUAAUUUCUUGAAAAUCCGGAAGGCAGCCCUGCUGAUCCAGAGGUGCUGGAGGGGGCAUAACUGCAGAAGGAAUUACACUGCGAUGCGGAUUGGGUUCCUGAGGCUCCAGGCGUUAUACAGAUCCCGGAAGCUCCACACCCAGUACCAUGUGGCUCGCAUGCGUAUUAGUUAUUUCCAAGCUCGCUGUCGAGGCUACCUGGUCCGAAAGGCUUUCCGUCACCGACUUUGGGCUGUGUACACCAUCCAAGCCCAUGCCAGGGGUAUGAUAGCCCGCCGACUGUACAAGCGACUUAAGGGGGAGUACCACCGGCGACUCGAGGCUGAGAAGCUCCGUCUUGCCGAAGAAGAACGUUUUAAGAAAGAGAUGAGUGCCAAGAAAGCCAAGCAGGAAGCAGAGAAGAAACACCAAGAGCGCUUGGCCCAACUGGCCCGGGAAGAUGCAGAGAGAGAAGUCAGGGAGAAAGAAGAAGCUCGCCGCAAGAAGGAACUCUUGGAAAAGAUGGAGAAAGCCAGGAAUGAACCAGUCAAUGACUCUGACAUGGUGGAUAAGAUGUUUGGUUUUCUGGGGACAACAUCAUCUCUACCUGGUCAGGAAGGACAGGCACCAACAGGAUUUGAGGACCUGGAACGUCCUCAAGGAGAAAUGGAGGAGGAAGAUCUGGAUGGGGCGUUACCCCUCCCGGAGGAGGAAGAGGAAGACCUUUCGGAAUACAAAUUUGCAAAGUUUGCCGCCACUUAUUUCCAAGGAACCACAACCAACACCUAUAUCAGAAGACCCCUAAAGCAGCCUCUGUUAUACCAUGAAGAUGAAGGGGACCAGCUGGCUGCCUUGGCUGUCUGGAUCACCAUUCUCCGGUUUAUGGGAGACUUGCCAGAGCCCAAGUACCACACAGCUAUGAGCAACGGCAGCGAGAAGAUUCCGGUAAUGACUAAAAUCUACGAGACCCUGGGAAAGAAGACGUACAAGCGAGAGCUGCAGGCCCUACAAGGGGAAGGAGAGAGCACUCAGAUCGACGGCUAUAAAAAGAACAGUGUGCGGCACAAGCUGGUCUCACUCACGCUAAAGAAAAAAUCCAAGAUAACGGAAGAGGUAACCAAGAGGCUUCAUGACGGAGAGUCCACGUUACAGGGUAACAGUAUGCUGGAGGACCGGCCUACUUCCAAUCUAGAGAAGCUCCACUUUAUCAUUGGGAAUGGUAUCCUGAGGCCUGCAUUAAGGGAUGAAAUCUACUGCCAAAUCUCCAAGCAGCUUACCCAGAAUCCCUCAAAGAGCAGCCAUGCCAGGGGUUGGAUCCUUAUGUCUCUCUGCGUGGGAUGCUUUGCCCCCUCUGAGAAGUUUGUUAAGUACCUGAGAAACUUUAUCAGCGGGGGACCUCCAGGGUAUGCGCCAUAUUGUGAGGAGAGACUCCGAAGAACGUUUGCUAAUGGCACCAGAACCCAACCCCCCAGCUGGCUGGAACUGCAGGCAACAAAAUCCAAGAAGCCAAUCAUGUUACCCGUUACUUUCAUGGAUGGGACAACAAAAACCCUGUUAACCGACUCCGCCACCACCGCCAAAGAGCUGUGCAACUCAUUGGCUGACAAGAUCAGCCUGAAGGAUCGAUUUGGCUUCUCCCUGUAUAUAGCACUGUUUGAUAAGGUGUCCUCUCUGGGAAGUGGGUCUGACCAUGUCAUGGACGCCGUGUCUCAGUGUGAGCAGUACGCCAAGGAACAGGGCGCUCAGGAGAGAAAUGCUCCUUGGAGACUCUUCUUCAGGAAAGAAAUCUUCACUCCUUGGCACGACCCAACAGAGGACAAUGUCGCCACCAACCUCAUAUACCAGCAGAUUGUGAGAGGGGUGAAGUUCGGAGAGUACCGGUGUGACAAGGAAGAAGACCUGGCAGAGUUGGCUUCCCAGCAAUACUAUGUUGAUUAUGGCUCUGAGCUGAUCAUGGAAAGAUUGCUGAACCUUAUUCCUUCCUAUAUCCCUGACCGAGAGAUCACCCCAUCCAAAAAUGUGGAGAAAUGGGCUCAGUUUAUAAUCGCAGCUCAUAAAAAGGGAAUAUAUGCCCAAAAAAGAUCGGACUCCCAAAAAGUAAAAGAGAAUGUGGUGGAUUUUGCCCGGUUUAAGUGGCCUUUGUUAUUUUCCAGAUUUUAUGAGGCUUUUAAAUUUUCAGGACCCAGCCUGCCCAAGAACGACGUUAUAGUCGCUGUCAACUGGACCGGAGUUUACUUUGUAGACGAGCAGGAGCAAGUGCUUCUAGAACUUUCCUUCCCGGAGAUCACCGCGGUGUCCAGCAGCAGAGGAGGUAAAAUGCAAGGACAAAGCUUCACUAUGGCUACCAUCAAAGGGGACGAGUACACCUUUACGUCCAACAACGCAGAAGACAUUCGGGACCUGGUGGUGACUUUCUUGGAAGGACUUCGGAAAAGGUCCAAGUACGUGGUGGCCCUGCAGGACAAUCCAAAUCCUGUGGGAGAAGAUUCAGGAUUUCUGAGCUUUCAGAAGGGAGACUUGAUCCUUUUGGACCAUGACACUGGGGAAACCAUUAUGAACUCCGGCUGGGCUCACGGUUAUAAUGAAAGGACCAAACACAAAGGAGAUUUCCCUACGGAGAUUGUGUAUGUCAUGCCGACCGUCACCAAGCCGUCUGGAGAAGUUGUGGCCCUGGUUACAAUGACUCCGGACCAGAAACAAGACGUGGUAAGGGCAGUCCAACUGAACCCCUCGGAGCAGGAAGAGAAGAUGAAGCCCUACACGCUGGAGGAAUUCUCCUAUGACUAUUUCAGGCCUCCUCCAAAGCACACCCUGAGCCGAGUCAUGAUCACUAAGAACCGUGGGAAGGACAAGCUCUGGAGUUACACGCGGGAGCCAAUUAAACAGGCCUUACUCAAGAAGGUGCUAAUGAGUGACGAGAUGUCACAGGAGGCCUGUAUGGCCUUUAUAGCCAUAUUGAAGUACAUGGGCGAUUACCCGUCCAAACGCAUGCGCUCCGUUAAUGAGCUGACCGACCAAAUCUUUGAAGGUGCCUUGAAAGGAGAACCCCUAAAGGAUGAGAUCUACUGCCAGGUCCUCAAACAGCUCACCGACAACCACAUCAAGUACAGUGAGGAGAAAGGCUGGGAGCUGCUUUGGUUGAUCACCGGGCUCUUCCCACCUAGCAACGUGUUACUGCCCCACAUACAGCGCUUUAUCCAGUCCCGCAAGCAGCACGCGCUGGCCACAGACUGUAUGCACCGGCUGCAGAGAGCUCUCAGGAAUGGCUCUAGGAAAUACCCGCCGCAUUUAGUCGAAGUGGAGGCGAUUCAGCACAAAACGACCCAAAUCUUCCACAAAGUUUAUUUUCCUGAUGAUACGGAUGAGGCCUUUGAGGUGGAGUCCAGUACCAAAGCCAAGGAUUUCUGCCAAGAUAUUGCUAACCGCUUGCUAUUAAAGUCCGCCGAAGGCUUCAGUUUGUUUGUAAAGAUUUCUGAUAAGGUGAUCAGUGUUCCGGAGGGAGAUUUCUUCUUUGAUUUUGUGAGACACCUCACCGACUGGAUAAAGAAAGCCAGGCCUUCAAAGGAUGGUAUCGUGCCUUCUCUCACUUACCAAGUGUUCUUCAUGAAAAAAUUAUGGACCACCACAGUACCUGGGAAGGACUCCAUGGCUGAUUCCAUUUUCCACUACUAUCAGGAAUUACCCAAGUACUUACGCGGGUACCACAAGUGCACCAGGGAAGAUGUGCUACAGUUGGCGGCUCUGAUCUACAGGGUCAAGUUUGAAGAUGACAAGUCUUAUUUCCCCAACAUCCCCAAGAUGCUGAAGGAGCUGGUACCGCAAGAUCUAAUCCGACAGCUCAAUCCAGAUGAGUGGAAGCGGUCCAUUAUUGCCUAUUUCAAUAAGCAUGCUGGGAAAACCCGAGAAGAAUCCAAAGUUGCCUUUCUGAAGCUGAUCUACAAAUGGCCGACGUUUGGUUCCGCUUUCUUCGAAGUGAAGCAAACAACUGAGCCCCAUUUCCCGGAGAUUCUUCUUAUAGCAAUCAACAAGCAUGGAGUCAGCCUAAUAGACCCAAAGACAAAGGACAUUCUGGCGACUCAUCCCUUCACGAAGAUCUCCAACUGGAGCAGCGGGAACACUUAUUUCCACAUCACCAUCGGGAAUCUAGUGAGAGGGAGCAAACUGCUGUGUGAGACCUCCUUGGGUUACAAGAUGGACGACCUUCUGACGUCAUAUAUCAGCCAGAUGCUGACAUCAAUGAACAAGCAGAAGGGCACUAAAGGGAGCAAGUGAACUGAUGUGAAGUACUGGCAAUUGGCCAUAGACUUUAUUCGCUCUAUGAAGCGCGUGGGGUAUCCCUGUAGUUGGGGAACGACCUUCUCUCCACAGGUCUGGAACAUGAGCGAGUCUGAAUCCAGAGUUUCUUCUGAUUCGGAUACUGAGGAGUCAAGCCCACCGUCCAGCGAGGAUGACUAUCUGUGACCGGUGUCUCUAUGGUGGGACCUUCUCAAGUGGUAGCCUUGGGCCAGGAACGCUUGCCUAGGAGAAACCAUCGAGAGAGCCAUCUUGAGGCUUUCUUGGUUGUCUUUGAAAGGAAAAGGCCUUAUACCUGCACUCUGGACCAAUGGAAAGUAUGGUUUCUUUGAUACAUUGACAUAUUUAGCAGUAGGGGGUCUUCAGGGCCAGAAGAGAAGACCAGAGUUAUGGAAACCCACAGUCCAACGCCAGGCACAGGGGCCCACGUGACUGUGAGAAUCAUCACGGGAGAGAGGACAGAUUUUAAUAUAUUACAAACUGAAGAGUCGUAUACUGUAGAAUUCAGAGUAUUUAAGAGUACAUUUGAUUACGCUGCAUUUUAUUUAUUUAACUUAAUAUACCAAUUUGUUCUGAAAUUCUGGAUUUGAAAAAAAAUGUUUGGAAAUACUGAAAUCUCAUUUUUC